AUGAGGGCAGUGUUUCGGCUGGGCUUCGUCUCAGUCUACCUUUCGGCUCCCAUGUUGGAUGGUUUUGCCACGGGAGCCUCGUUUACUAUCCUGACCGUCCAAGCCAAAUACCUCUUGGGUCUGAAGAUUCCUCGCCAUCAGGGCUAUGGCACUGUCGUUGUAACCUGGAUCAACAUCUUCGCCAACAUUCACAAGACCAACGUAUGUGACCUUAUCACCAGUGCCAUCUGCAUCACCGUCUUAGUGGCAGGAAAAGAGAUCCAGGAACGCUACAAAGAUCGUUUAAAGAUCCCACUGCCGACUGAACUGGUCGUGGUUGGCGGAGCGACGCUGGCCAGUCAUUUUGGAAAUCUCAACCAUCAUUACGGCACCAGUGUUUCAGGUCACAUCCCCACUGGCUUCAUCCCUCCUCAAGUGCCCAGUUUUAGUCUGAUGCCAAGAGUAGCACUGGAUGCCAUUCCUCUGGCUGUUAUCAGCUUUGCCUUCACCGUGUCACUGUCUGAGAUGUUCGCCAAGAAAAACGGCUACACGGUUCGACCCAACCAAGAGAUGUUUGCCAUCGGCUGUUGUAACAUCAUCCCCUCCUUCUUCCAUUGCUUCACCACUAGCGCGGCUUUGGCAAAAACGAUGGUGAAGGACUCAACGGGCUGUCAGACGCAGGUGUCAAGUCUGAUCAGCGCCUUGGUCAUCCUGCUCGUCCUGCUCUUCUUCGCGCCUUUUUUCCACGCUCUCCAGAAGUGCGUCCUGGCCUGCAUCAUCAUUGUCAGCCUUCGAGGGGCACUCAGGAAGUUCAAGGACGUCCCCGCUAAGUGGCGAGCCAGUCGUAACGAUGCCGUGGUUUGGUUGAUUACCAUGUCGGCCACGGCUCUGAUCAGCGUCGAGCUGGGACUCCUUGUUGGCAUCAGCUUCUCUUUGAUCUGCAUCAUCUAUAAAACCCAGAACCCUAGGGUCUCUCUCCUGGGCCGAGCCGGCGACUCUGACCUUUAUGAGGAUAUGGAGGAAUACCAAAACCUCGUCCCGCCAAGCCGAGUGCGAGUCUUCCGCUUCCAGGCUCCUCUCUACUACGCCAACAAGGACACCUUCCUAAAAACCCUCUACAAAGCUGUCGGGGUGACACCUUUCUUGGAGAUGACCAGCCGGAGAAAGGCAGAGAAAAAGGCCAAAAAGAUAUCCAUGACCCAAGCCCAGGCCAAUGGGGACACCAACAACGGAGACGUCGUCGUGGCACUCGUUCAAAGACAACUGGACUUCCACACCAUCAUUUUGGACUGUUCUGCCAUACCAUUCCUAGACUCCACCGGCCUGGUUGCCUUUCAGGGGCUGCUCAAGGAGUUUGCGGAGAUUGGUGUGAGAGUGGUCCUCGCCUGCUGUAACACCUCCCUCAUAGAUACCUUGCAAAAGGGACAGUUAUUUGGGAAGGGUGACAAAGACAUGAGCAAAAUGCUGUUCCACACAGUCCACCAUGCUAUCCUGUACGCAAACAUCCAGCAGCCCGACAAGAGCUCAGAAGACUCUGUUCUGUAGAACUUAAUGUGUCACCAGGUCUUGCGUGAGUUUUCUUCUGGUAUUCCGGUGUACUGCCCUUUCCAAGAAACAUGCAUGUCAGGUUCAUUGAGGACUCAAAAUGUUCUUGCAUGGUUGUUUGUCGAAAUGUGCUCCGCAGUUGACUGGCAACCAGUCCUGGGUGUACCUCACCUCCAACAUAGCAGCAACGUAGCGGUGCAUCACGCAAUGUUCGCAUCCACACACCUCUGUCUGAAUCCGUAUGAGACGGACCAAGAGCAAAACAAACCUGUUGGCUAAUCAUUCAUCGACAUUUUUAUUUAAUGAUCACCUCGUUGCCUUAAGUUCCACUUUUCGGAUGGAGCACUUUGCUAAAACACUUUUUCAGCCUUUUAGACCGCCGCCCGUCUCACUUGUGAACGGUACUGCUGAAGUGAGACGAACAAGGCACAUUAUAAAUGUAUAAUAUCAGAUCGCAGAUGGAUAGAUUUGUGGUAGUACAGGAUGAAAUAUUUAUUCUUCAGACAACGACAACAUAAUGUAUAAAGCUGUAAGAGAAGGUAAAACACAACUGAGAUCAAAACAAAACUAACCCGUCGGCACCAU